CACUCCGAGACAUUAGUGGUGGCAUCAAACGAGCGAUCGAGGAUAAGAGAGAGAAAGGGAAAGAGUUAGAAGAAGAAGAAGACCGCUUGCCAUCAAUGGCGGUUGGCGCCCUCGGCCACCGGGAUAUCGGUGUGGCCCUGAGAUACUCCCCGUAAAAUCUUGUCCGUCCAUCCGCCGCUUCGCGAUCUUGCUUCAAAACCACGCCACUCUUUCACUCCCUGUCUAGUCCCCACGAGUGAGGAAAAUUUGGGGGCAGCGGCGAUGGCGUCGGCGCGCGGCGGCGGCGGUGGGAUGACAUGGCAGGAUGAACUGGCCAGCCUGGUGGAGGACACCGGAAUCAGGUACGGCGCCGGCGUCCCGGAGGCCGACGAGGAGGAGCGGGACGCGAGGGAUCUGGGCGGGAGGGUUUUCGAGAAGGGAUAUUACGGCGUAUACGAGGAGGGGACGGGGGCUGCGGCCGAGGAGAGCUUGAAGGAGCAGUUGACGGGGUUCGUGAUGGCCACGGGGGAGAUGCUGCGGGAGCUCGGUCAUGGGUGCUGGGAUAUCGCGCAGCAGAGCCUGGAGGGAGUGGAGGAGACCUACGUCGGGAAGAAGGUCAAGGGGCAUUGGACUGUGGCGUCGCAGCGGCUUGAGUUCUUGAACGAGUACCUGCCGGAGGAUCGGGAUCCGGUGCAUGCUUGGUCCGUCAUCGUCGGGGUCUUUCUUCUCGCUCUUCUCGUACUAAGUGUAAAUAGUGGAAAUGAGACUUCUGUUGAACUGCCAAGGAAGCUGUAUAUAAGUCCUCCAGGUGCUAGCCGCAUCCAACUUCUAGAUGGUAGAUAUGUUGCGUAUCAAGAAAAGGGAGUUCCAGCUGAAAGUGCUAGAUUCUGCAUGAUUGCACCGCAUUCUUUUCUUUCUUCUCGUUUUGCAGGAAUACCUGGCGUUAAAGAGUCUCUCUUAGAGGAAUUUGGUGUUCGAUUGGUUACUUAUGAUCUUCCAGGUUUUGGUGAAAGUGAUCCUCAUCUCAGUAGGAAUCUCAACUCAUCAGCUAUGGAUAUGCUUCAUUUGGCGAAUGCUCUUGGUGUUACAGACAAAUUCUGGGUAGUGGGUUAUUCUGGUGGAGCCAUGCAUGCAUGGGCAGCUGUUCGUUAUAUUCCUGACAGACUAGCAGGUGUAGCGUUGUUUGCUCCAAUGGCCAAUCCGUAUGACUCCAGCCUGAACAAGGAGGAAAUUCAUAAAAUUUGGGAUAAGUGGACUAUGAAAAGGAAGUUAAUGUUUGUUUUGGCUCGGAGGAUUCCCUCUCUUCUUUCAUAUUUUUAUCACAAAAGUUUUUUGUCUGGAGAAUAUGGUCAGCCUGAGAAGUGGUUGUCAUUGUCACUGGGUAAGAAGGAUAAAUCUUUAUUGGAAGAGCCAACUUUUAGGGAAUUCUGGGAGAAGGAUGUGAGUGAAUCUGUCCGUCAAGGAAAUCCCAAACCAUUCAUUGAGGAAGCUGUACUUCAAGUAUCAAACUGGGGCUUCAGUUUGGCUGAUCUACAAGUGCAGAGGCAGCAUCAGGGAAAAGGCCUCCUCUCAUGGCUCAAGUCACUAUAUAGUCAGGCUGAACACGAGUGGGCAGGCUUUCCUGGCCCUAUACACAUCUGGCAGGGGAUGGAUGACAAUGUGGUGCCACCAUCGAUGACUGAUUUUGCUCGACGGAUGAUUCCAGGAGCAACAUUGCACAGGUUGCUUGGUGAAGGACACUUGUCGUAUUUCUGCUUUUGUGAUGACUGCCACAGGCAAAUAUUCUCUGCGCUUUUUGGAACUCCUCAAGGCCCUCUCAUGAUUGAACCAGAGGUCGAUCAGUCACUGACUGAAGAAUACAUCGACGAAGAAGAAACGACAUUGCAUAAUUCUACCGAACAAGAGUAGAGCAUCUCUUCUUUUUUUUCUUUACCUCUCUUUUUCCCUUUUUAGCUGGGGGGAGGAGGGGACUUAAAUAGUUUUGGGUGGUACAGCAGUGUUCUUUCUCUCUCUCUAGAACUCCAAGGUAAGGUUACAGUUUCUAUUUUUUUGGGGAGGUAUACACGGAGUAGCUGGGCUAAUUUUCCUGGGAACAACAGUCUUCAAUUCACUCAUUGCAGCAUCUGAUCCUUGAAGCUUGGCGGUAAUCAUCUCGUCCAAGGCUCUUAGCUAUUUACUUAUUUGCAUCGGUUGCAAUUGCAAUUGCUACACAUGUACCCUGCAUUUCACAAUCUGAUUGAUAUAUGAAAAAGUAUUUUGUGAUCGCUGUA